GGGCACAGAGGGAGCGGCGCGGAGACAGACACAGCGGCUCUCGAAGGGGCAGCAGGGACACUGGGACAGCAGGGCUGGGAACACAGGCUCAGUGGUGGCGGCAGCGGUGUUGGAAGGGCCGGGGACACAGAGGUAGGAGGGCCAGGACACAUUGGCAGCCGCAGAAAGCGGCAGUGUCCCCGGGAGACUGACACAGCAGUAGCAGCGGCCGGCGUGGGGGAGUCUCGGACAGAGAGGCGGCCCAGGGGCGGAAGACAUCCACAGCGCGGGAGUUGAGGACAUUCGGGCUGGGACGCCGCCGUGCCCGGGUGGUGCUCUCGGUCGGGCGGGCUGGGCUCGUCCCGCUUUGAACUCGCUACAAUGCAGGCACAGAGUCAUGUGUUGAUGAAACCACUCUUGUUGCAAUAAGAUGAAGGCCAGUCCGAGGAGGCCCUUGAUUCUGAAGCGGAGGAAACGGCCCCUAACCUUCAGCAGUCCCGUCGAUGCAAAGGACACCGCCAGGGAAGAGCAGGCGUUUGGGAGCCAAGACAAGGCCGUGGGUGGAGAUUUUGAUACAGCGAACACCUCCCCGAGUAACAACAUCUUGGGAACGUCACAAAAGAAUCCGGCCGCCGUUGUUCAAAAAUUUCCAGAAGGGAUUCGCAUCGUAAACCAUCCAUCAAUACCCGACACCCAAGUUGUCUUAAUUCCAAGAAACGCAGAUCUUCAGAGUAUCAUAGCAGCACUCACCGCAAAGGGCAAGGAAAGUGGCUCCAAUGGUCCAAAGAAAUUUAUCCUCCUGAGUGGCAAUGCAACUUCUUCCCGCCAGAGUCUGCCCUUGGAGAGUAAUGAUCCUUCCUUAACUCAAGGCAGUUUGUCCAAUGUUCCAGAAGGCAGACCAAAAUCUCUGGAGUUACAGGAAGAAACGGGUGUAAAAGAUGGCAAAGUGGCAUCCUUGGAUGCUGCAAAUGGUGUCAGCAUCAAGAAGGAGGAAUCGUGCACGCCGCGUGUCCCUGAAUCAUUGGUAUCAUCAGCACUGUGUGAUCCAGACACCAACACAGCACCUGCAGCUACUGACCGCCUUCUGGAUGACAGCCUGACCAACAUCCAAUGGCUGGGAAAGAUGAGCACAGAUGGACUGGGAGCUUGCCACGUGAAGGACGAGGCCGAGAAAGAGAACAAAGAGCCUGCCCCACAGGGGCCCACACCAGAGACCGUUCACGAGCGCCCCCCGUAUUCCUACAUGGCCAUGAUACAAUUUGCUAUAAACAGCACCCAGAGCAAGAGGAUGACACUGAAGGAAAUCUACACCUGGAUCGAGGAUCAUUUCCCCUACUUCAAGCACGUGGCCAAGCCAGGUUGGAAGAACUCCAUUCGCCACAACCUGUCCCUGCACGAUAUGUUCAUCCGCCAGACCUCCCACAACGGCAAGAUCUCACACUGGACCAUCCGCGCUGAAGCCAACCGCUUCCUGACCUUGGAUCAGGUCGUCAAGUCAUUGGAUUUCAGCCCAGCCGACAAGACUCAUUGGAUCCAAGCAGCUCCUGUGUUGGUCUGUCAACAACAGCAGAAGCGAUCCAGCAGUAUAGAAGCACCAAAGAGCAGCGUGGCGAUCAGUACAGAGGCGAACCUGAGGAAGAUGAAGCCGCUGCUGCCACGGACCGACUCCUACCUGGUGCCCAUCCAGCUGCCCGUCACCACCGCGCCCCUCAUCCUGCAGCCCUCUCCUCACCUCUCCCUGCCCACCAUCACAGGCCAUCCCUCCACCUCCACCUCCACCGGACAAGACUUGCCCAGGAAACACAAGCGGGUCCGCAUCGCUCCAAAGGUACCAAAUGACACGUUGAGUUGCAACCCGCUGGUGCUGACGGUGAAGCUUCCCGAGAACCCGCUGCUGCUUGCGGCCCCCCCGGCGAGCGCGGUGAUGGACGGCUGCGCCGCGCCGAGACUCAGCGAGGCGGUCAAGGAGAGCGGCUCGCGGCGGAAGCAGAGGCACGUCCUGCAGCCCCUGGAGGAGCCCGUGCUCCUGUUCCCCGAGGUCGGGGAGCCCGAGGCAGCCGAGGUGGGGUUGGACUCCGGCCUAGUAUCCGACCUGUCCACAUUCCACGAAUCCAGGAACCUGGAGCAGUGCCCAGACUUUGCCAACGCCUCCGUGGAUUACAACUUCAAAACGCCCAUCAAGGAGAGGCCCCGAGACGCGCCCGCCUCGUCCACGCCCAGUCGGGGGGCCGGCGGAGGUUCCCCCGUCACGGUGGCCAACAGCUGGAAGAUCGCCCUGACCCCGCUGAAGAAAGACGACAGCCUGUUUGAGUUCAGUCCCGUGAGGACGCCUCACGGCUCCUUCCUCACGCCGCUGAGGAACGACACGGGCUCCCUCAGCCUCAGCAGCACGCCCUUCAAGGAGUUUGCCCUCUUCGAGUCGCCGCGCGAGCUGCUCAACUCUCCCGUCCGCGAGCCCGAGCACGAGGCGGGCUUCUCCCCCCUCCCCCACGACAAGGGUCAACUCAACGCCGCCGCCAACCGCUCUCUGACCGAAGGCCUGGUCCUCGACACCCUCAACGAGAGUCUCAGUAAAAUACUGCUGGACAUCAGCUUCACCGGCCUGGAAGACGAGGACUAUGAACUCAGCAACAUGAGCUGGUCCGCACUCAUCCCAGAACUGCGAUAAAUGGCCCCAGGACAGCGGGCAGAAGACUUUGCUGCUUCAAUGGUUUCCUCUGCCUGUUUGGACCAUUUUAACUUCAAGAUGUCAACUUCAAACUCUCAACUGAAAUGUUUUUUUUAAAAAAGCUGCCCGUACCAGACCCUUGGACUAAAUGUCGGUUCAUUUCUAAACCAUCGGUUCCCACUGCCCAGAUGUGUAAGUACUUGGUGCAUCUCCCCAUUGGAUAUGCCUACUGUAACUCAUUUAAUCACGGUUCACCUCUCGCCUAUACCGGAGCUGCCAUCGUUGUGAUGUUUGAUUUGCGAUAUGUUGCUGCUUUACCUUUCUCGACACCAGGACCACGGGCCACUUUCAAGAGACCUUGUGAUGUUUCUGCCAUUUCAUUCUCUAGUUCUCUC